AUGGCGUACUUCUACGUCACGCCGGCCUCGUACUUCGCCGCGCUGUUCGGGCGGGAAACGGCGGUGCCACGGCUGCCGACUAUCACGGAGGCUGAUCGAGGCUGGCGAUGCGGGUUGUGGACUUCCGCCGCCGCCCUCGAUCAGCUGGACUGGACUCGUUCCAUGGUGGCGGACGAGGUGCCGCUGGAGGAUUAUGCGAGGUUUCAGAAGAAUGAGGUGGGGCUGGAGGCGGAGAAGAAGCUGGCAAGGGACAGACGCCAUCUGGAUUACCAGCAGUUGUGGGCAAUAAAGCACCGCCUAGAGGUGGAUAAGGGCAUGCGCUCGAUGCUGUAUCGGUCCAGCAGUAUUCGGUGGUGGCAAACCGCAGGAGUCCAAGAGAACGGUCCAGAAAUAAUUGGGACUGAGAUGAGCGACGACGAAGACGACCCCCUCGGAAGGGCCGACGUCGGCCUCAACCAGUCGGGCGGGUACUGGAAGCUCCACCUGAUCCACGGCAUCCGGAUUCUAUUCCGAAGCACCCCAAGAGCCAGGGGAGCGGGUACACCGUACACGACGCUGAUGGCGAACCAUUUCGCCUGCGGCGGCAGCAUCCCAUUCGCGGACGCGCUGCUGUGUGUUGCGUCGUCGGUGUACUGUAGGCACGGCAUCGGUCCUUCGCCGCUUCGCGCGAUCAAGCUCGGAAAGCACAUACAACAUGCGCGAGUGUAUGGCGGCAGUUCGCUCGAGUAUCUCUGCCGCCUUCCUUCCCGCGGCCAAGCAGAUCGACGCAUUCUACGGGGUGCUAGUUACUAGACGACAGUGAUCUCUUCCGUACAUACCGGACUUCAAGGAUGAGGAGAAGGACCGAAGGACCGAAGGAAGGUGUUCUUUACCGACUUGGUCAACUUCCCCUUGAUCUGCACGCCGGUCUGCUCACCGGAAGAUGGCUCCAAGGGAGGGAGGGAUGAGAAGCUAAGACCUGGAGCUUCGCUCGACAGAGACGGUAGAAGCAGAGAGAUAGCCUGCCGGAUAUCAGAAGCAAGGAGGAACUUAAGUCCUGGGGUGGAUCUUGACGGGACCCCGAUAUGUUGAAAGUGGCCGAGAAUGGAUAAGUACAACCAUAGGUUCGAAGUAUAAUCGGCACGGAGAGGGGGUGUAUUACCCAGGGUUGACAAUGCGAAGGAAGCACGAAUAAAGCUGAGAUGCAAUGCAAAUACCUGUGUCCAAUAGUGAGGGAAAGAUACGGUCAAUCAACGGGCCGGCAAGUCGGUGAGCAGUG